AUGCAGCGGGUACAGCAGCUGAAAUCAUUGAUUCCCAAGUCGACUAUCGUCUACUAUAAACAACCGCUACUUAUAACUAAGGGUGAAAUGCAAUAUUUAUACGAUGCGAAUGGCAAAAAAUAUCUCGACAUGUUUGCUGGUAUCGUUACCGUAUCCGUCGGGCACUGCCAUCCGUGA